AGUACUACUUGCUCGUGCGCGCCCUGCAACCAUGGAGCGGUCACGGGUCGGUCUGCUGUUCCUCGCGCUCUGCCUUUUACGUGUGAAAGUCAGCGGGAGAAAUCCCACGUGUCACUUCCUCUGGGAGCUGCAGAGGGCAGAGCUAGUAUGUCACUAUGAGCUGAAGAAACAAUCCAUGGAGCCUGCAGGCUGUGGUGGCCUAUGGGACAACAUUUCGUGUUGGGCCCCAGCAGCAGUAGGGGAGGUGGUGACUCUCUCCUGCCCCCCUGCUCUCACACACCUCUUCGGACGACAAGGCAACAUCAGUAGGAACUGUACCGAGGCUGGCUGGUCUGACGUCUACCCCAGCCUCAGCACUGUCUGCUGGUCCAGUGACAACAAACCCAACAUGCUGCUGUUCUACUCGGUGGUGAAGACUCUGUACACUCUGGGCCACAGUCUCUCCCUCAUCGCUCUCAUCACCUCUACACUCAUUCUCUGUCUGUUCAGGAGGCUCCACUGUACUAGGAACUACAUCCAUGUGAACCUGUUUGUGUCGUUCAUCUUGCGAGCUGUGGCCGUGCUGGUUAAAGACUCUGUCAUCUUCUCCCAUAAUGAAAACACUGACUGUAGCACACAGCCCUCACUGGUGGGCUGUAAGGUCAGUUUGGUGAUGUUUAACUAUUUCAUCAUGGCUAACUUCUUCUGGCUGCUGGUGGAAGGCCUCUACCUACACACUCUGCUCCUCGUCACCUACGCAUACACACACCUCGCUGUCUACCUCGCCAUCGGCUGGGGGUUACCCUCAGUAUUUCUUGUGGUCUGGGUCUUCUGUAGGAUCUAUCUGGAAGACACUGGGUGCUGGGAGAGGAAUGACAUCCCCACCCCUUGGAGGGCGAUCAACUGGCCCAUAAUGGCGUCUGUGAUAAUCAACUUUGUUCUUUUUAUCAGUAUCAUCCGUAUUCUAGUCCAGAAACUACGCUGCUCUAACAUGGGCGGGAACGACCAAUCACAAUACAGGCGUCUGGCUAAGUCCACCCUGCUGUUGAUCCCUCUCUUUGGAGUCAACUACAUGGUGUUUGUCUACCUGGUGGAGACAGAGAGCGAUGGGAUGGAGGAGUACAAGAUUCUGUUUGACCUGGUACUGGGGUCCUUCCAGGGCCUGAUGGUAGCCAUCCUCUACUGCUUCCUCAACACCGAGGUCCAGGGGGAGCUGAAGUUGAAGUGGAGGAGUGUGUCGUUGAAGCGCUACAUGUGGAGGGACUACCGUCUACACAGGGGGUCAAUCAGCCAUAACGGGACUGAUAACUCCACCCACUUCCAGCGUAACUCCAGAGCCCAAUCCAUCCUACAGACCGAGACCACCUCACUGUGACAUGACAGUAGUACCAGCUGUGUAACCCCGGACUCUUUCUUUGACCCCGAAAGUAGAUCUGGGUUCAAUGAACCAGUCAAUCAAACAAUACAAGUUGAGGUGAAACUGAAAAGAGGAACAUUUGUAACAGAGAUAGAGAUAUUUCAAGAUAUUUGCUUGUUUGAUAAACGGAUUAACUUUUA